AUGCCACUGCUGGAGUUUCAGUCAUCUCUUCCACUGGAGGGUUCUGUCGUACAUAGGGAGGUUACCAGUGGGAGGGAGAUCCCUGGGCGGCAAGUGGGCGGCGCAGCAAUCCAGAGACAGAUUUCGGGGCGGCAGCAGCUGGAUGGAGCUGCAAUCCAGAGGCGGUUGUUUGGGCGGCGCAUCUCCACUCCAGAUGGCGGGACUCUAUCCCUAGAUUUCCUCAAAAACUGGCCCUUGGGAUUGUCGCAGCCCUUGGGAUUGUCGCAGCAGCAGCAGCAGCGGCAGCAGGGGCGGUUGGGCCUGGCAGAGCAGCUGAAGGCAGGCGAGGGAAUGAUGGUGGUGGUGGUGGCAGGCACGGCAGCAGGCAGCGCGGAUCCCUUCAUUCAGCGCCUGGCGAGCAGCAUUGCUGCCAGAGGCCAUGUCCCCGUGCCCAGUUACUUCCCCCCGGUGAGUGCCAGCUCGUUUGGGUGUCACUUUGAGCAUCCCUGGUGGGACAGUGCUGUUGGGCGUGAGGAGGCCAUGCGAUGCGUCCAUGGCCCUGAUGGAGCAGCUGGGGCAGGUUUGGGCAUGGUGGUGGUGCUGGUGGUGGCAGGCACGGCAGCAGGCAGCGCGGACCCCUUCAUUCAGCGCCUGGCGACCAGCAUAGCUGCCAGGGGCCACGUGCCCGUGGUGCUCAACCUGAGAGGCUGCGGUGGCAGCCCCGUUACCUCCCCCUGCUUCUUCUCACCAGCUGACAGCGCUGACGUGGCACUGGCAGCCGAUUUCCUCGCAUCUUCCUGCCCCGACUCCCUCGUAGUGGCAGUGGGAGUGGGCCUGGGCGGGCACCUGCUGCUGAGACACCUGGGUGAAAAGAGGAGGGUGGCGGAGGGGGAGAAAAAGGUAGCACGGGAAGGAGAGAGGGGGGAAAAACGGGGGACGAAGAGCAGGAGGGAGAAAAGAAGGGCUGGAAAGGCAGGGGGGGAGCUGCAUGGCGUGGAUGGGGUUGGGAAGACUGCGAGGACUAAAGGAACUGGUGGUGGUGGGGUGGUGAAGCAGGCCUCGGCACAUAGGGUUAUUCAAGCAGCCAUGGCGGUUGACUCGCCCACAUGCCUUCACCACCAUGGCUUCCUCAGCAGUCACUGCCCUGACAAGGAGGAAGAAGUUUCCAGGAAGAUGCCUUACCAUCCUCAGAUGAUUUUCUCUGACGCGUGGGGCCCACACGAGCCCCUCAAUCUAUCAGCCGCGCUGGCAGCUUCGUCGCUCAGCCAAUGGGACGACGCCAUGUCACGCCGUGCCGUGGGCUACAAGUCGAUCUCGGCAUUUUAUGAUGCGUGCUGUGCGUGUGGCGUGCUGGAGCACGUGUCCAUGCCCACUCUGUGCGUGCAAAGGGGGAGUGUAAUUGCAGGGAGCAGCACUGCUUGCGCCACUGCUUUUCCCUCGUCAUCCUCCCCCUCCCCGGAGCCUUCUACCUUGCAACCCUUCCUCACCAACAGAAACCUCUCCCUCUGUGUACUCUCCAACAUAAGAACUGUUUCAGACUCCUCUGCUGCUGCUGCUGCUGCUGCUGCUGCUGCUGCUGCUGCUGCUACUGCUGAUGGUGAUUCUCCUAAUGUUCCCGUUGCUGCUGCUGAAGGGAUCGGUUCGUCUGGUCCUCUCUCUUCCGCUCAUGCUUGGAGCCCUGCUUUUACCAACCGUGUGCUGCAAAUCGUGAAUGAGUGGUUAUCAGCUGUCGAGUGUGCUCUGCUGCAACAACGAUUGAAGGAGCUCAAGAAAGUACGAGACAAGGUUAUACCGGGCAAGAAGAGGGCAUCGGCAGCAGGAAGCCGAGACUGGAGGCAUCACAGAGACGGCAGCAAGCAGCACACAGUGGAAGCGAGUGAGGGAGAGGGAGAGAGGAGUGCAGGUGAAGGAAACGGGAACACAGGAGCAGGGAGUGGAUGGGAUGGAGAGGAAGAGAGGAGUGGGCAUGCAUUGGAGGCGCCUCCUGACGACAAUGCUUUAGACUCUACUGCUGCACCCACAUCACCAUUUCCACCUGCCGAGACACCUGCUCAACCUGCCCCUCAACUUGCCCAACGUGCCCCUCCACCUGCCCAACCUGCUGCUCAGCCUGUGCAAACUGCCCUUCAGCCUGCCCCUGAACCUACCCAACCUACUUCUCGGCCUGCUCAACCCUCCCCUCCGACUGUUCAAGCUGCUUCUUCCUCCAUCCAACCUGCCCCUCAGCCUGCCCCUCCGCCUGUUCCAGCUGCUUCUCCCUCCAUCCAACCUGCCCCUCUACCUGUCCUUCCGCCUGCCCAUCAACCCGCUCAGCCUGCUCCACUGCCUGUCCAAACUGCUGCACCUUCUGUCCAACCGGCCAGCUCAUCGAGCCAACCUGUCUCAGCAACUGCGACUGGUUCUGCCUCAGGUGCUGCUUCAGUUGCCUCUUCAGAUGCUCCUUCAGGUGCUCCUUCAGAUGCUCCUUCAGGUGCUCCUUCAGGUGCUCCUUCAGGUGCUUCUUCAGCGGCCAUAACGAGGGGGCAGGGCAUAGCAGGCGCAGUGCAGCAGGUGCUGCCGCCAGAGCAGCAGUCAGCAGUGACCACCACUCUCAGGCACUGCCUAGAGGCCGCCCAUCGCUCAGCUGCAGUGGAAAGCACUCUCAAGCAGGCGGCUUCUCUGCUUCCCCAGACACGUGAGAUUCUUGAGGCGCCUCAGAAAGAGGCGCCUAAAAAAGAGGCGCCUCAAAUUUUGAUACCUGAUGUGGAGCGGAGUGGGCAGGAGCAGCAGCAGCAGCAGGAGGAGGAGGAGCAGGAGGAGCGUCCUUCCCCCGCCUCCCCUCCUUCCGACCCUCCCCCUUCCCCCAACCCCGCUCCCUCUCCCUCCCCACCUGCAUCCUCCGCUCCUCUAUCUAUUGGUGGGCUUAAUUUGUCUGUAGCUGUGCAGGCGUUAUCUGGGGUAGAUGACAGCUCACAGGUGGCUGUGGCAAGCGUGUUUGAUGCUGUGGGUGGGAUUUUGGCGGAGCUAAAGCAGGAGAAGGAGAAACGGGAGGAGGAGGAGGAAGAGAGGAAGGAGGAGGAGUUGAGGGAAGAGGAGAAGGAGGAGGAAAAGUGGAGGGAGGAGGAGAAGAGGGAGCAGAAGGAGGAGGAAGGUAGGGAGAAUGGAGAAGGGAAUUUGGCAGGGGAAGAGAAGUUCAGAGCUAGGGAUGAGCAGAGGGGGGUAUGGCAUGAGGCGGAGGGAAGGGGAUGGGACCAGAAGCCUUUUAAGCACGAGGCUCAGAGGAGGGAAAAAACAGGCGAGCAAAAGGAGGAGCUAAGGGAGGAGGAUGGGUGGUUCUACUCAGCAGGCUCUCCCGUGCGUAAGAUGGUCGGCUCUGCUACAGCCAUGGCUGCUACAGCCCUGGCAAUGAACGCUACAGGCACGGGGACCACAGCCAUGGCUGCUACAGCCAUGAAUGGUACAGGCGGAUCUGGUGGGACUGCUGCAGAGGCUGCUGCUGGUGGAACAGCAUUUAAAGCAGCAGAGGAACAGCAACCAAAGCGAGAGGCAGAGGAAGGAGGAAAGGGAGGAGCAGAGGGAGGAGGAGGAGAGCGAGGAGGGGAGGGGGAAUCCGCAGAGGGUGCAGGAGAGGGGCUCAUGGAGAUGGCUGAGAGGGCGAUUGAAGUGGCGUCGCCUGUGCUUCCCAGGAAGCAGGGCGGACAGGUGGACCUCAAGAGAUUAUCCGAGAUGAUACAGCAGUGGGGGUCGCAGGGGCGCAUGCUGCGGGUGGUGGGGAAGGUGGCUCUCUUUGCCGAGGGGCUGUACGGUGCGGUGGGGCUGUGCGAGCAGCUCAUUUCCCUCACAGACAUCCACAAGCGGGCGCUCACGACCAGCCAGGUGCUUGGUGCACUUAUCACACCCAGAGGGCUGUACGGCGCUGUGGGGCUGUGCGAGCAGCUCAUUGCCCUCACAGACAUCCACAAGCGGGCGCUCACGACCAGGCUCCUCUUCUCGCUCCUCCUCCUCGUCCUUCUCUGGUCGCCUAUCCUCAUCCCCCUCCUCCCCUCCCUCAUCACCACAAUCACCUCCGCCUCGGCCAAUCCCGCGGCACCACCUGUCGUCACCACAGCCCUGCUAGCUGUGGGUCUGUACAUAGCCCUGCUGCUGCUAGUGCGCAUAUGGGGCAGGAGGGUGAGGAGAUUCGAGCACCCAAUUGAGCAGUAUGGAUUGCGAGUGUUCGAGUCAACACAGGAGGGUCUACUGCUAGGCUCAUCCCUGCUGCUGCUGCUACACGCCAUACAGCUACAUCUGCGCCUCACCUCCCUCAACCUCCCCUUCGACACCCUACCAUCCCUCCACCUUCCAUCCUUCCACCUCCCGAACCUUCACCUCCCAGCCUUCCAGUUCCCAACCUUUCACCACCUUCCCACCCUCCAUCUCCCAACUCUUGCCCUCAUCUCCUCACACCUAUCCUCUGCCUUCCACUCGCUCCUGCUGCUCCUGCACCAAGCCACCUCCUCCCUGCCGCAAUGGCUGCCCCUACAUUUCCCUCCUCCCUCACCCCUCUCAGUUACCCAACACCUAGGAGCCCCAAUCCUCACUUCUUCUGCCGCUUCUGCUGCUGCUGCUGCAACUGCUGCAGCUGCCAACCCCACUGUCAUCACACCUACCCUCCUUCUCUCCCUCCUCUCAUCCCUCCUCCCGUCCCUCCUCUCCUCCGUCCUCUCUCUCCUCGUAUCCACCACUCGCAUCCUGCGCCUUGUACUGGAGUCGCUACUAAUGGGUACGGCUGUAGCAGUGGUGGAAGAGCUGGUCUUCCGAGGCUGGCUGUUUGAGGAGGUUCGGCAAGAUCGAGGCUUGGCGUUUGCUUCGGGAGUCACUGCGCUGCUGUUUGCUCUUGUGCACUGGGCUCACUCCAUCUGGGCCAUUCCCACUGCUGCAGCACCAACCAAUUGCACCCAUCCCACCUCUCUCGUGUCUUUCACACCACGCAUCCCUUCCCUUCCCCUCCCCUCCCUGCUACAGCACCUGCCCCACCUCGUCCACCUCCCUCCUGUCUCUCAUACACACCCCUUCCCCCUUUCCCCUCUCCCCCUUACCAGGUCUAUCCCGGCCAUGCUCGGUCUCUUCCUCCUCUCCCUCAUCCUCUCCCUCAUCCUCUCCCUCGUCCUCUCCCUCAUCCUCUCCCUCGUCCUCUCCUUCCUCCCCCACUGCCUGUCAUCCCUGCCCCACCCAUCCAACCUCCUUCCUGUCUUCCAUUACUCAUCCCUUCCCCUGUCCCCCCAUUCCCCCCCUUACCAGGUCUAUCCCAGCCAUGCCAGGCCUUUUCCUCCUCUCCCUCAUCCUCUCCCUUCUGCACUACUGCCUGUCAUGCCUGCCCCACCCAUCCCACCUCCCUCCUGUCUUCCACACUCAUCCCUUAACCUCUCCUCGCUUCCCCUCAUCCAGGGGCUUUUGCUGGUGAUGGCCGUGGUGGUGUGCCCUUGGGGGGAAAUAGUGCAAGAAAAGAAGGGGUAUUUGUCUCGUGAUAGUGAUAUUGAUAGUGAUGGUGACACUACGGAGAGUGAGUCUGAGGAUGAGUGCUUCAACUCAUCCUCACAUGCAACAAAACAGUGA